GUUCACACUCAAUCUACAUCUUCAGUAACUGAACCUCUUACAACCCCCAUAGUUGUCACUGAAACAACACCCCCAAUCAUUGUCACUGAGACAACCCCACCUAUUCACACUCAAUCUACAUCUUCAGUAACUGAACCUCUUACAACCCCCAUAGUUGUCACUGAAACAACACCCUUAAUCAUUGUGACUGGGACAACCCCACCUGUUCACACUCAAUCUACAUCUUCAGUAACUGAACCGCUUACAACCCCAAUAGUUAUCACUGAAACAACACCCUCAGUUAUUGUCACUGGGACAACCCCACUAAUUAACACCAAAACUACAUCUUUAGUAACUGAACUACUUACAACUCCCCCAGUUUUCACUGAAACAACACCCUUAAUCAUUGUCACAGGGACAACCCCACCUAUUAACACACAGCCAACUUCCUUAGUAACUCAACCUCUUACAACCCCUGUAGUUGUGACUGAAACAACCCCCCAAAUCAUUGUCACUGAGACAUCACCACCUAUUAACACCCAAUCCACAUAUUCAGUUAGCAAUCUACCUACAACCCCCACAGUUGUUUCUACCCCAACGAUUGUCACUGAAACAUCCCCCGCAAUCAUUGUUACUGGGACAACCCCACCUAUUAACACUCAAUCUUUAAAUACACCACCUGCAACUUCCACAGUAGUCACUGAAACAAAGCCUUCAAUCACUGGAACUGCGACAACACCUUGCUACUGUGAGAUAAACACAGUGCGAUAUACUCCAGGUCAAAUAAUCUACACAGUAGCAGACAAAGAAGGUUGUGAAUAUUAUGCAGAAUGCAGCAGUCAGUGCACAACAGUGAGACAUGUAGGAGACUGUACCACCCCAAGCACACCCGAACCUUCAUCAUCACCACCUCCAACAACACCCUCACCUGAAGAAACCACUCCAAGUGUAACAACUAGUCCUGUUCCCAGCACUACAUGUAUCAUGUAUGUGGCAGGAACAACAUCUGCAGAAUACCCAACAGCUACACCCUUUAUACCUGAACCCACAGACUCAGGCUUGAUAUCAACCUCACAAGUGGAACCAUACUCUGAAAAGUCUGUAACCAUUAAUGACUUUGGUACUCCAGCAUAUCCAACUUGUGACUGCAAGAUGCCAACUUGCAAGCCUGGUUAUCGCCCUGCAACUUUCUCAAGAAUGAAUUCCUUCUGCCCUCAAAUUUCAUGUGUGGCAGAAUCUGUCUGUGUCGUGGGAAAUGACGUAUACCAUCAAGGGUCAAUCGUUCCACAAUCCGAUGUGUGCCAAACAUGCAAAUGUUCUUCUAAAAAAGACAAUAAAUCCCAGUUCUAUGCUGUCAACUGCCAACCAAUUGUCUGUAACACAAACUGUAAGAAGGGCUUUAUAUACAAAACAAAAGCAGGCGUUUGCUGUGGAGAAUGUGUACCCUUGGAAAAGCCAAAGUGUAUUGUGAAGGGAAGCAAUGGUAUGAAGAUAAGCAUUGAGAUUGGACAUUCAUACUACCCCACAAAUAACACCUGUGUCCAUUAUGAAUGUGAUGCGAACGAUGACCAACCCAUCUUGACCAAAGUAAAGCAGGUCUGCCAGCAGCUGGACAUUUCUAGAUGCCAACCGAAUACGUUAAAACAGGAUGAAAAUGGAUGUUGCCAGACUUGUACAUAUAAGGAGGAAACAUGCAGUGCACGGAAACUCAAGAAGGUCCUAAGGGAUGGCAGCUGCUCACUGGACGUGGAACUCACAUACUGUGGAGGCCCCUGUAUGGGAGGAGCCAUUGAUUCUGAAACAUUAGAAGGAGGAUGUAGUUGCUGCAGACAAAAGAAAACACAAAGAAAGACUGUAAAUCUUGUUUGCCCUGGUAAGAAAUACAAGAGAUAUACCUACACAGAUGUGGUAGAAUGUGGAUGCGCAAGUUCUGUUUGCAGUGCUUCAAAAAUAUCAGGAGAAGCUCAUUCCAAAACAUCAGGAGAAGCUGAUCUAAAAUCAUCAAGACAUGCUUCUUCAGAAACUUCAGGAGAAGCUGAUUCAAAAGCAUCAGGUGAAUCUGAUCCCGAAAAUUCAAGAGAUGCUGCUCAAAAAGCGUCAGGGGAAGCUGAUUCAAAAACCUCAGGAGAAGCUGAUUCAAAAACCUCAGGAGAAGCUGAUUCAAAAACCUCAGGAGAAGCUGAUUCAAAAACCUCAGGAGAAGCUGAUUCAAAAACCUCAGGAGAAGCUGAUUUAAAAACCUCAGGAGAAGCUGAUUCGAAAACCUCAAGAGAAACUGAUUCAAAAGAGUCAAUAGUUGGAAUUGAAAACACAUCAGGAGAAGUUGAUCUAAAAAUACCAGAAGGAACUGACCCCAAAUCAGUAGAAGUUUCUUUAGAUACAUGAUAACUCUGUGAAUGCCAUUAGUGUUUGUCACUUAGGAGCUAGAUUCAGUAAAACUAAUUCAAAUAUUAUGUCUCCUAGAAGAUAGAUUAACUGCUCAUACUAAUGAUUUUCUAAAUUAUAUAGUUUUGCUGUCAUAUCAUGACAGCAAAGGCUACUUAACAUGGGCAGUGGAUGAUGCUAUUUCUUUCUAUUAAUGUUACUUUUCAGAAUUAAGUAGAAAAUAAUAAACAUGAUUACAACCUU